UACUUAACUGGGAAUGAACUGUCAUGUGAGCCUACACUCCUCGCUCCUGCCCUUCCUGUGUUUGUACAUCUGGAAUGAGAGAGAGUCAACACUUCCCCUGCGUCUGUCAAUCUGGGUGAAGACGACCAGCCGUAUGUGCUUUGUAUGUAGAGCAUGGAAUUAAAUGUACAGUACCUGGAGAUAUUUAAUGAAAGAAAAGGAAUGGUGACUUACGAUUUUGCGCUUGUCAACUAUUGAGCAGUUUUCCACAUGGGUCAUGGACAAGGCUCUGUGAGCAGAUCAGUCUCGUCUACAUCAGGAUGUUGUGUGGUCACACAAAGAACUGAGGCCCAGGGUGCUGGUUGGCCCCUCAGGACAAAGACCAGGAAGCCAGGCCCCCAGACAGUCCUCAGGGAUGUUCUCUAGGGGCCACGAGAGGGGCCUCAGUGGACCAGAUGAAUCCAGCGGUGUAGAGGCACCUCAGAGUCCACACAAGUGGUCCAAGAGGAGGGAGCUGGGGGGUAAGAAGAGCACUCAGAGCCCCAAGGUGGGCCGGAGUCUGCGGAGGAAGUUCCAGAAGUUCCUACAGGGCCCGGCAGGGCCGGGGGAGCCCUCCAUCCACCAGCCCCAGGAUCUGCUCCACCCUGUGGAGCAGGACAUAUUUAUAUGCGGCCUGAAGAGAGACCCCUCCAGUAGGGAGUUCACCGGACUCCACUCCUCCCUGCCCAAUGGCCGAAGUCACACAGGGACUCUAAACCCACCUGUGGCUGGGGAUAUGGCGCUGAACAGAGAGGGCUUCAUCAACGCCCCCGAUACUGUAAGUACCAACGGCCCCACCGCUAGCCUACCCACCUCUCCCUCUGGAGAGAACAGCAGCGCUGAAUACCAGGAUGGGAACGGGGUUGUGGAGGACACACACAGGCCUUCUCCUAGUGAAGAGGAUGAGGGAGAGAAAUGUUCCAGUGACAUUGUUGAACACAUCUUGAAAGAGCUGAGAGGUAUCAACAAAAUUCAGGAGGAGAUUGCAGACCUGCGGCAGUACCUGACCUCUGUGAGAGGCUCAGUGGACGAGGUCUCCUGCUGUGUGGAUGCAGUGCUGAAUGAGAUAGGGGAGCUCUACUCCUCUGGAGCCUCAGCACCAGGACCCCAGACCCCUCAGAGGCUUAGCGUUAGACGUGGCAGCCUGGGCAGUCAGAAUGUCGUCACAGCCUUCCACAGGAGGGCCACCAGUCCUUUACUGGAGUGCCGGCAGGGGUCUUGGGACAAAGACCCAGUGAUGAUGGUGCCACCCCAGGGGUCACCUAAAACAUGGAGAGAAAGGUUAGCUCCUUGCCAACCCGAACAAGCCGACCAGGAGAAUUCCGACCACAGCUCAGACGUGCCCUCUUCACGACCAGGGCCCAGUCAAGCCAGCCUCUCCUACCUGGAGCAAGGGUAUGCCCAUGACUGCCCCAGCACCAGCUCCCUGUCGUCAGGCCACAGUUCCAACACUCUGGACCGGGACGCCAGGUACCGCUCAGUUAAGGCCAGGCUAUGGCAGAGUGGCUGGGCCUCGGCAGGCAUGCAACACAGUGUGAGCGGAGAUGGGGGGUGGAGCGAGGAGAACGGCUGGAGCGAAGAAGACAUCUACUCCUGUCAGAACAGUGGGGAGGAGGUGGAGGACCACGGUGCAGGGCCAGGUGGCUGGGACAGGUACACCACAGGAGAGACCAGCAGCACCACAGGCCAGUCCUCCGACAGCAGCUCAGAGCACCUGUCCCUGCUGUUCGGUAUCCACAAGAACUCCCCCUCCAACUCAUCCAGUGUGGUGGACUGGCGGCACCCCAGGCAGCAGGGCAGCAAUGGACACCUAGUGUGUGACUGUUCAGCCAACUGCCCAUACUCUCGGAGCUCCGGCUACCACACAGUGGACGCCUAUGCUGAUGUGGGGAGCUGUGGGCCGUCCAGGAGCAUGAGUCGCUCCACUGUGCUGCUCACAGACUGUGAUGAUGGCUUCCUGGAGCUGCACUCCCCCUGUGACCGCUAUACGUCCUCCGUUGACACCCUGGAUGUGGGAUCCGUUGAGAGCCUGGACAGGGAGUGGACUGAACAGUCUGUCCCAAGAGACGAUGCAGGGGAGUGGGGGUCAGGGGACCUGCCUACUCCUGAGCCUGAGAACACCCAGCUCCUCAAUGUGGGAUUUGAUGUGAAAAGCAUUGGGAAGGCUGUGCUCACCUUUAGGUCUGCUCUGAAAGGGGCUCUGAGGAAGCUGGACGGUUCGAGCCCGGAGCCUGGCUUCGAUGACAGUGAGUCAGAAGCAGCUCCCUCUCCUGUCAGACCCUGCUCCCCUGAACUCCCGGAGGGAGAGAUCACUAUGCCAACUGAUCACAUUCGCUCUGCGUCUCCACUGGAAGAAUAUAGCGAGGCCUCAAUCUAUGUGGACUGCAGCCCAGCCCAAGAGAACCUGCCUUGCUCCCUACAAGCAUCCCCAAAUGAAAGGACUCACUCCCCCUGCACCCCUACCGAGUAUCACUCCAUGGAGCAUUUAGAGAGCCAAGGAGAGUAUCAGACUGAUGGAGAACUGUCCAACCCAGAGCUGACACCAGACCACAGUUCUCCAGGAAGGGCUGGGGAGAGUUCAGCAGAUUUUAACAUCAGCCCAGAGGGGAUAGGGUUAAGUCCAACAGGGUUAAGUCCAAUAGGAGAAGACCACGAUGGAGCUGAUCAGGAUGGGUUUAUAGAACAGGAUGUUGUUAGCCCUAAGAAGGAACGCCUUGCUAAUCUGCAGCGCAUCCUGAAAGAAAAAAGACAGAGACGUAAACUUUCCAAACCUUCCCAAGGAUCCCAGUCCACGUUCUCUGAGGAGGAGUUCAAUCCAGAUGGCUGCAGAGAAGAUGACCAGGGACGAGAUGAUGGACCCAACUCCAGACAAGCUUGGAUCAAACCAGGCGGUGGAAGUGGUUUGUUUGGGAUUGACAGCAUGCCAGACCUUCGUAAGAGGAAGCCUAUACCUCUGGUCAGCGACGUGUCACUGGUCCAGGCCAGAAAGGCUGGAAUCACCUCUUCCAUGGCCGCGCGCUCCUCCGUCAAAGAUGAGGAGCUGAAGAACCACGUUUAUAAGAAGACUCUACAGGCUCUGAUCUACCCCAUCUCCUGCACCACGCCCCAUAACUUUGAGGUGUGGACGGCAACCACGCCCACCUACUGCUACGAGUGCGAGGGGCUGCUGUGGGGCAUCGCCCGCCAGGGCAUGAGGUGCUCCGAGUGCGGGGUUAAGUGUCACGAGAAGUGCCAGGAACUGCUGAAUGCUGACUGCCUGCAGCGUGCUGCGGAGAAGAGCUCCAAACAUGGGGCUGAGGAUCGUACCCAGAACAUCAUCAUGGCCAUGAAGGACCGCAUGAAGAUCAGGGAGAGGAACAAGCCGGAAAUCUUUGACGUGAUCCGGGAUGUCUUUGUCGUCAGCAAGGCGAUCCACGCUCAGCAGAUGAAGACCAUCAAACAGAGUGUACUGGACGGAACCUCCAAGUGGUCGGCCAAGAUCACCAUCACAGUGCUGUGUGCCCAGGGACUGCAGGCCAAAGACAAGACAGGUUCCAGCGACCCCUAUGUCACGGUCCAGGUGGGCAAGACCAAGAAGAGGACCAAAACCAUCUACGGCAACCUCAACCCUGUCUGGGAGGAGAAGUUCCACUUCGAGUGUCAUAACUCGUCGGACCGCAUCAAGGUGCGUGUAUGGGACGAGGACGAUGACAUCAAAUCCCGGGUGAAGCAGCGUCUGAAGAGAGAGUCCGACGACUUCCUGGGUCAGAGCAUCAUCGAGGUCCGCACGCUCAGUGGAGAGAUGGACGUCUGGUACAACCUGGAGAAGAGGACCGACAAGUCAGCCGUGUCCGGCGCUAUCCGUCUCCACAUAAGUGUGGAGAUCAAGGGAGAGGAGAAAGUGGCUCCCUAUCACGUCCAGUACACCUGUCUACACGAGAACCUCUUCCACCACUCAACGGACGUUCUGGGCCAGGGGGUGGUGAGGAUCCCAGAUGCCAAAGGAGACGAUGCCUGGAAGGUGUACUUUGACGAGGUGGCCCAGGAGAUAGUGGACGAGUUUGCCAUGCGAUACGGGAUCGAGUCAAUCUACCAGGCAAUGACGCACUUCGCCUGCCUGUCCUCUAAGUACAUGUGUCCUGGCGUUCCGGCGGUGAUGAGCACCCUGCUGGCCAACAUCAAUGCCUUCUACGCCCACACCACCGCCUCCACCAACGUCUCCGCCUCUGACCGCUUCGCCGCCUCCAACUUCGGGAAAGAGCGCUUUGUCAAGCUCUUGGAUCAACUCCACAACUCCUUGCGCAUUGACCUCUCCACAUAUAGGAACAACUUCCCUGCCAGCAGUAAGGAUCGUCUCCAGGACCUGAAGUCCACUGUGGACCUACUGACCAGCAUCACCUUCUUCAGGAUGAAGGUCCAGGAACUGCAGAGUCCCCCUAGAGCCAGUCAGGUGGUGAGGGACUGUGUCAAGGCCUGUCUCAACUCCACCUACGACUACAUCUUCAACAACUGCCAGGAGCUGUACAGCCGCCAGUACCAGCUGUUGGACACACAUAAAGAGGAUCUUCCCCUGGAGGAGCAGGGCCCCAGCAUCAAGAACCUGGACUUCUGGCCCAAACUGAUCACCCUUAUAGUCUCCAUCAUAGAGGAGGACAGGAACUCCUACACACCCGUGCUCAACCAAUUCCCUCAGGAGCUGAAUGUGGGGAAGGUGUGUGCUGAGGUCAUGUGGGCGCUGUUCUCCCAGGACAUGAAGUAUGCCAUGGAGGAGCAUGAAAAGCACCGGUUGUGUAAGAGUGCCGACUACAUGAACCUGCACUUCAAGGUCAAGUGGCUGUACAAUGAGUAUGUGAAGGACCUGCCAAACUUCAAAGGGGUUGUACCCGACUACCCAUCGUGGUUCUUACAGUUUGUGCUGCAGUGGCUGGAUGAGAAUGAAAGCGUUUCCAUGGAGUUCAUGCAUGGAGCUCUGGAGAGAGACAAGAAAGAUGGAUUCCAGCAGACAUCUGAGCAUGCUCUCUUCUCUUGCUCGGUGGUGGACGUCUUCACCCAGCUCAACCAGAGCUUUGAGAUCAUCAAGAAACUGGACUGUCCUGACCCAAAGGUCAUGGCCCACUACAGCCGACGAUUCGCCAAGACUAUUGCCAAAGUUCUUCUGCAGUACAGUGCCAUUCUGAGCAAGAGCUUCCCCUCCUACUCUGACAAAGAGAAGAUCCCCUGUGUACUGAUGAAUAACGUGCAGCAGUUGCGUAUCCAGCUGGAGAAGAUGUUUGAGUCCAUGGGUGCCAAACAGAUGGAUGCACCCCCAGAGGAAAAGCCUGAAAAGAAAGACGAGGAGAAGGUGGUGAUUAUUACCGACAAAAAGCUGGACACAGAAGCCAGUGACCUCCUGAAUGAGCUUCAGGUCAAGCUGAACAAUGUGCUGGAUGAGCUGAGUACCACGUUUGGAAACAGUUUCCAGGUCCGUAUUGAUGACUGUAUGAGACAGAUGGCCUGUCUGCUGUACCAGAUCAAGGGCCCAGUCAACACCAACAGCCGCAACAUGGUGGAGGCCGACUCGGACAACAUGCUACGGCCACUUAUGGACUUCCUGGAUUCAAAGUUAACGCUGUUCGCCACAGCAUGUGAGAAGACUGUUCUAAAGCGGGUUCUAAAAGAGCUGUGGAGGAUUGUAAUGAGCAGCCUGGAGAAAACCAUCGUCCUGCCCCAAGGCAACGACACAUUCGGGGCUCAGAUCCUGUCUGCAGCCAAGGAACUGGGGCAGCUCUCCAAGCUCAAGGAUCACAUGGCAGGAGAGGCCAAAAGCCUGACACCUAAACAGUGUGCUGUCAUGGAUAUAGCACUGGACACAAUCAAACAAUACUUCCAUGCAGGAGGGAACGGUCUGAAGAAGGCGUUCCUGGAGAAGAGUCCUGAGUUGACCUCACUACGCCACGCUUUGUCCCUCUACACACAGACCACAGACACGCUCAUCAAGACCUUCGUCACAACACAACACACACAAGUGCACAAUGGGAAGGGUAUUAGGUUAACUCCCAACGAAAAAAUACAACCCUCCAGGGGGUCAGGAGUGGACAAGCCGGUGGGAGAAAUAUCCGUUCAGAUCGACCUAUUUACCCACCCUGGUACUGGGGAGCACAAAGUCACUGUCAAAGUGGUGGGAGCCAAUGAUCUGAAGUGGCAGACGUCUGGGAUGUUCCGGCCCUUUGUGGAGAUCACCAUGAUUGGACCCCACCUCAGUGACAAGAAGCGCAAGUUCCAAUCCAAGUCCAAGAACAACAGCUGGGCGCCCAAGUUCAACGAGACCUUUCACUUUAUCCUAGGUAAUGAGGAUGGCUUUGAGUGCUACGAGCUGCAGAUGUGUGUGAAGGACUACUGUUUUGGCCGUGCCGAUCGGGUGGUGGGCAUGGCUGUGAUGCAGCUGCGGGAUGUGGCAGAGAAGGGCAGUGUGGCGUGCUGGUGCCCCCUGGGUCAGCGUGUCACCAUGGACGAGACAGGCCUCACCGCCAUGCGCAUCCUCUCCCAGCGCUCCAACGACGAGGUGGCCAAGGAGUUCGUCAAGCUCAAGUCUGAGAUACGCUCUGAGGAGGAGGGCAGAUGAGGUCUCCCUGAAGGAGGGGAGGGGUGUGAAGGGCCUCUAGUAAAGUGGGAAGUAAUAGGAGCACUUUGACUACUACUACUUUGGACUAAUAAUGUCUCCUGGCUGCUACUGGCUGUUUGAUGGACACUGGUUCACCAUCACAUUGUCACUCACUGUGUUUCUCAGACUCCCCUUUUGUGUCCCUCACUCACUAUCUCCUACACAUACGUAGUUUGUGUCUAAUAACCAUUGAGAGAGAGAGAAACUAUCUCACACGAUAUUGUACUUACUGUGGGUCGGCCAGUCUGGCACUAUGGACAUGCCAUGGGCGCUAUAUGCCAAUCAAUUCCUGCCAGCCUGUAUGUACUUCAGUAUGGGGUCUCCCCCUCACCCCACAAUCCCCCCUAGUGUUCAUGUGCAAUACCCCCCAACUGUGGCCAUAUGUUUGAUGCCUUACACUUUAGAAGCUGUGAAUGUGUGAAGUUCAGACACAAAACUGUAACUGUAGUAGAAAGCUGUUUAUCUUCCUCAAUCUCUCUUUAGUGUUCUUCAGGAUCCAUGUUCACAUCAUUGAUGCCACUACUAGGGUCCAAACGCAGGAUGUCAUUGUUGGUGUUUUGGUCGAAGUAGAUUCACCUGGUUUCUAUCGUUUGGACUUCUACCACAUGUCAAGUACCCUACUCCUAAUUAUAGUGUACAAAUCCAAUUGUUUCCCCUUAGAAAAGUGAAGUGUGUUUUUCUUUGUAUUGGAAUUAGUGCCAUGUGGUGGUUCUGAAGUGAGUUUUAUGUUUGAGUCUCCCCCCUAUUUUUUGACAGGAGGUACUGUAAUGGCAACAGCACUCAAUGUAAAGGGUUUGUAAAGUUGUGUGCCUUGUCAGGUAUUGGGUCCUCCGUUUCAUAACCCAUUAGUCCCAUACAGUGUUAACAAUGCACUUUGAAUGAGAAUUACUGUAAUACUUUUUAGUCUAAAUUGUCAUAAAUGUUCUUAACGCAAGGGCUGCCUUCUAUCCAGAGAGAAACUUCCUUUUAAGGAUAGAGAGUGGUGAGCACUUUUUAAUAUGGACUAUUGCUUCUUACAUUAAAAACGGCAAUGGUGUAUUGUAGGGCCCUGUCUUGAACUUAGUAAUCACUGCUAAAUAACCCCGUUGAAUACAACAUUUUACAAACAUUUGGCUAAUGUUGCCAACCCUCAAUGACAGCCAUUUUAUUUAUAGUUUUUAUGUAUUUAAUCCAUAUGUAGAGUCUGGUCUACUUUGCAAACAGAGGGCUGCUAGAUGUCGUUUGAGUAUAGUUUUCAAAGUGGUUUUGAAUGGCUUUUUACUGCAGUUUUCUAGCAGGACCCUACAGAUACUAACUGAACCUAGAGGGUCUUUUGGGACCAGAGGAGUUUAAACGAUCUUCAUCUCAGAUGAAGGAAAGGCUAGCCUCGUAUGGUUCGUAACGAGGCUAGGAAAAGGCAGUCCAAGCCCUCGGUUUCCAAAUAUUUUCCAACUAUGUUUCCUUGUAUCUCUGAGUGGCCUUACAUUGGUGAUAAUAGAAGAUUUCUAUAUACAUGUUUUUACCCCCCAUUUUCUGUGUAUUUCUUUUGUCUCACAACGAUGCAGAGGGUUGGUCAAUUUGACCUAAAUCAACCGUAUCAGACUGAUAUUGUCAAUGUGAUUUUCCUUAUUGCUGUUACUUUAUUUUUGUUUUUAAUUGUAUUGGAGGAUUUAUAUUUUUCGUUUAGAUGUAGUAAUUUUCUUAGAUAUAGUAUUUAUAUUUUUGUUUUCUGUUUUGAUCCCUCUUAAAAAAUGUUGGAAUGAUGUGGAGAUGUUCAGUACUGUAUCAUGAGUUCUAUUGGAUCUACAGUAUACACAGUAAGGGGUAAUGCAUGCCUGUCAUAUCCCUGAUAGAAAUAAGGAGAGAAAAAAUUGAACAUAUCACGCCUAAAAAAUAUAUUUUGCUAUUUGUCAAGUAACACUGCUGUUGUCCAUACAAUAAUAGUCAGUUUGAUGUUCACAAAAAGAAGAAAACUGCAACAUCACACACUGUUAAAGCUAUAUCUGGGCUUUAUAUGCAGUAUACAGUACCAAUGUGAAUACAUCUUUUGGGCUGUUGAUUUAGGGGAAAAUGUCUACUUCUAAGGAGGGCACUGCCACUAACAUACAUGUUCCUUGUGCCAAGCUGUGCAAGUGUUCACUUUUUAUUGUUUUAUUACAUUUUUUUUAUACAUUUUUUUUAAUCUUGUGAAGCAUUGCACUAUAAUUAAAUCACUACAAUAGUUAGUUAGCACGUGUUGUAUGUCCAAGUAACUGGACUUUUGUGAAGUUUUAUUUGUAUUUUGCAACUGGAAAAAUCAUGGUAUUGAUCAUUAAAAUGUGUACAUUACAAUGUAUUAAUUUUGUAUAAAGUAUUUAAGAAAUAA